GAAACUAGAAUACCAUAAUAAAGAAGAAAAUUUGUGCGGAAAGAAACAGACAGGGAGUGAAGGUUAAAGAAUCAAAAUAUCAAAAGAUGGGAGACGAGAAGGUGAAGAAUGAAGCAAUGGAGAUAAUGGGACUAUUUCAAGUGCUCCCUCGCCUUAUCGUCUUCGAUCUUGAUUACACCAUCUGGCCUUUCUACUGUGAGUGUCGCUCCAAACGUGAAAUGCCAUCGCUCUACUCUCAUGCCAGAGGCAUAUUAUAUGCACUCAAGGACAAGGGCGUUGAUGUUGCUGUUGCCUCGAGAUCACCAACAGCAGAUAUAGCAAACACAUAUCUUGACAAAUUGGGGAUAAAGUCAAUGUUUGUUGCUAAGGAAAUAUUUUCCAGUUGGACUCAUAAAACAGAUCAUUUUCAGAGAAUAAACCAGAGGACUGGUGUGCCCUAUAAUGCAAUGCUCUUUUUUGAUGAUGAAGAUCGGAAUAUAGAAACGGUGUCAAAAAUGGGCGUGACAAGCAUAUUGGUGCGCAAUGGGGUAAACCUUGCUGCUUUGAGAGAAGGACUUUCAAAGUUUUCUCAAAAUUUAGCUAAAAUUGAUAGGAACAAGCAAAAGUGGCUGAAAUUUUCGCAAAAACCAGGUUCAUCAGAAAGGGACAAGGAAUGAUUUCAUUUUUGUUGGGAAGUAUGAUAUUCCUAGUCGUUUAAUUGGGAGAAGAUCAUAUUGGUUUCUAUGCUCGUGGAGCGCAUGGACAUGACAUAUUGUUGUAAUGACACUUCAUAAUAGUGGACACAUACUUCUGUAGCAACCCUUAUUUAUGGAUGUAAGAGUUUCGUUUUUCGGUUCACGUCA